AUGGUUGAAAAUAAAUAUUCAGUUAUUUUACCAACUUAUAAUGAAAAAAGAAACUUACCAAUAUUGGUAUAUUUAUUGCAAAAGACGUUCACUGAACAUAAAUUGAAUUGGGAAGUUAUUAUAGUUGAUGAUAAUUCACCAGAUGGUACUCAAGAAGUUGCCAAAAAAUUAGUUUCACUAUUUGGUGAAGAUCAUAUCAAAUUAAAACCAAGAGCUGGUAAAUUAGGUUUAGGUACUGCUUAUAUUCAUGGUUUAAAUUUUGUUACUGGUAAUUUCGUAAUUAUAAUGGAUGCUGAUUUUUCACAUCAUCCAGAAGCUAUACCUGAAUUUAUUGCAAAACAAAAGACAAAAGAUUAUGACAUUGUUACUGGUACAAGAUAUGCUGGAGAUGGAGGUGUUUAUGGUUGGGAUUUCAAAAGAAAAUUGAUUUCAAGAGGUGCUAAUUUUUUGGCAACUGUUGUUUUAAGACCAAAUGUAUCUGAUUUAACUGGUUCUUUUAGAUUAUAUAAAACUGAAGUAUUGAGAAAAAUUAUUGAUGUUACUAAAUCAAAGGGAUAUGUUUUCCAAAUGGAAAUGAUGGUAAGAGCUAGAGCUUUAGGAUUUUCAGUUGGUGAAGUUCCAAUUUCAUUUGUUGAUAGAUUAUAUGGGGAAUCCAAGUUAGGUGGAGAUGAAAUUGUUCAAUAUGCAAAAGGUGUUUGGUCUUUAUUUACCAGUGUUUAA